AUGCAAAAAGUUAAAAGAAAAUCAGCAGAAAAUGGAGAUUCUCCUGCAAAAAAGAAGAAGGUACAAUUUGAUGAAUCAAAACCUGACAAGGUCCAAGAUUUUAAUAUUAAAAAGGGAAAGGGAGGCUUUAAAAAAAAUGAGAAAAAAGAGUUUGGAAAAGAUAAAGGUAUGAAGCCGAAGAAACUAAAUCCAAAAUUUCAAAAGGAUAAGCCUGCUUUUGUAAAAGGUAAAGCGUUUGAUAAAAGCAAACCUUGUUUUGACAAAACUAAACCUGGUUUUAAAAAAGAUUUCAAAGGAAAAAAUUCUAAAGAUGGUGAUCAAAAAGAAAAACCCAAGUGGUCAGAAAUGAAGAAAGAAAAAAAGACUCUCAGAUUAGAAAGACGCAAAGCAAAGGCAACAGUUGAGAUAUUUGAAAUUUCACAUAAAGCAAAGUUGUUGUCUGCUCAAAUUCAGAGGAAAGUGGUUAAACAGGAUUUUCGUGAUAACUCAUGUAAAGAACUUCAUGGAUUGUUAAAGAAUCAAUACAAAUCAAUAGCUCUUACACAUGAUUUGAGUAGAGUUAUUCAAGUCCUACUCAAAUAUGGUUCAGAAGACAUAAAGAAGGAUAUCACUCAAGAAGUAAUGGAUAUUAUGACACCAAUGAUGCAGUCCAAAUAUGCUCAUCAUUCUGUUAAGCGGAUUUUAAAAUAUGGUACAGAUAGUAUUCGUCAUCAAGUUAUUAGUAAACUAUACGGUAAUAUAGUGUCCUUAGCGACACAUACUAUAAGUGCACCAGUUCUUGAUUUUGCCUAUGGAGAAUUUGCUAGCAAAAAAGAAAAAACUUACAUGCAGCAGGAAUUUUAUGGAGAUAUGUAUAAAAAUACAAAAGAUGACAAAGUUAAAACUCUCAGUGACACAUACAAAGACAGCCCAGAAAUGAAGUCUGCAAUACUGCAAUCUUGCAAAGCUAAUAUUCAGAAGAUACUCGAUAAAAAUCUGCAUGACGGAGAGUUAUUACACUCAGUACUUUACGACUAUAUUAGGGAAUGCUCAACUGAAGAUAGAGCUGAUUUAAUUUCAACACUGAGUCCUCUAAUAGUACCACUUAGUAACUCAAUGCCGGGUGUCAAUGCUGCAAGCAUUUGUGUAUGGCAAGGAACAAACAAGGAUAAAAAGAAUAUAUUAAAAGUAGUAAAAGAACAUGUAGUACCACUAAGCAAACAUAAAACUGGCUACAGACUGCUCAUUGCUAUAUUUGACUCUGUGGAUGAUACAGUUCUUGUGAGGAAAACUAUUGUAUCCACAAUAGCUAGUAAUCUAAAGGAUAUUGCCAAAGAUCACUGGGGUAACAUGACCCUGCAUUGGCUUGUCAAGCCCAAGGAUCCAGCUGCUUUCCAUCCAAGUUUUAUCAAGUUUCUUGAAGAAGGCUUUAAAAGUGGAACGUCCAAGAAAGAUACUGAGAUAAGAAUAACUGAACUUCGUGAAGCAAUUAUGCCAGAGUUGCAAAAACAUAUGGUUGAGGAUCCUGAGUUUUGGCUUAGCAAUAAAUCGGCAUUGCUGCUUGCUCUAGCUGUGUUGUCUAUAGAAUCAUCUCAAGAUAUGUUUGAAGCACUAGCGCGUAUAAUCUGUCGCUCAGAUUGGAAGAUAACAGUGAAUGCUAAAGAAGUUUUAGCAAUAGAAGACCCAGGCAUACACAUGUGUUUGAAGAAACUGGCCCUUUUGGAUAAAUCAGACACCGUAUGCAAAAUGGGAGAGGCAAUAAGUGAAUGCAUACAAGAAGAAACGCUUGAAGUCUGGCUUCUUACAAAUCGGGGAUGUUUCUUCUUAUUAAAACUUAUUGAAAACAAUGGUGAAACUGUUGCUAAUAAGUUAAAGAAGAAAAUAUCUUCACAUAAGAAUACUUUAAAGAAACAAUCGUCAGAAGGCGCAAAGUUACUCUUACAGUCUUUGGGAAAUAAAUAG